AUGCACCAUUUUGUAAAAAUUCGAUCUUUUUCAUGCUUUCAAUCUCUCAAAAUCUUUCCUUUCUCAACCCAACAAAUGGGUAUGGCUUCAAUUGCUGAUACCCUUUAUACCCAUCUAAACAAAAACAAUGGCAUCAGUAUUGAGAAUUCAUUGUCCAAGACUAAACCUAAAUUGGACUCUCAAUGUGUUAUCAAAGUUCUCAGUAAGUGCUGUCCUAAACAAUCUCAAUUGGGUGUUAGGUUUUUCAUUUGGGCUGGAUUUCAACCUGGGUAUAGGCAUAGUGGUUAUAUGUAUAGGAAAGCUUGCAACUUGCUUGGGAUUGAUAAGAAUUCUCAGGUUAUUUGUAAUUUGAUUAAGUCUUAUGAGUCAGAAGGGUGUGUUGUUAAUGUUAAUAUGUUUAGGGAGGUUUUGAAGCUGUGUAAAGAGGCUCAGCUUGCUGAUUUGUCUCUGUGGGUGUUGAGGAAAAUGGAGGAUUUUGGUUUGCAACCAGAUACGGUGAUGUAUAAUGUAGUUAUAAGGUUGUUUUGCAAGAAGGGUGAUGUUGAAAUGGCGGAGGAGUUGAUGGAGGAGUUGAGUUUGAAUGAUCUUUGUCCGGAUUUGAUUACGUAUAUGGCUAUGAUUGAGGGGUUGUGUAAUGCAGGUCGGUUGGAGGAAGCUUAUUCCAUGCUAGAGGUUAUGAGAGUUCAUGGCUGUUCACCUAAUUCGGUUGUUUUUUCGGCUAUUUUGGAUGGGUUAUGUAGGUGUGGAUCAAUGGAACGGGGAUUGGAAUUGUUGGAUGAAAUGGAGAAAGGUGGAGAUUGUUGUCCUAACGUUGUUACUUAUACAUCUUUGGUUCAAGGUUUCUGUAAGAGACGCCAGUGGACGGAAGCGUUGAGUAUUCUUGAUAGAAUGAGAGCUUUUGGUUGCCUUGCCAAUCAUGUUACUGUUUUUACAUUGAUCGAGAGUCUUUGUACUGAAGGCCGUGUAGACGAAGCAUACAAGUUGGUUGAUAAGUUUGUGGUUGAACAUUGUGUCUCGCGUGGUGAUUGCUACAGUUCACUAGUGAUUUCUUUGAUAAGGAUAAAGAAACUCGAGGAAGCGGAGAAGCUCUUCAAGGAAAUGCUUGCUGGUGAGAUCAAACCCGAUACUUUAGCGUCUAGCCUUUUGCUAAAGGAGUUUUGUUUGGAGGAUAAAGUACUGGAUGGAUUCUACUUGCUUGAUACAAUUGAGAAUAUGGGAUUCUUGUCUUCCAUCGACUCUGAUAUUUAUUCUAUUCUUUUAAUUGGCCUUUGUCGAAACAACCACUUGACGGAGGCCACAAAGCUUGUGAAAAUAAUGCUGAAGAAAGCUGUUCCUCUAAGGCCUCCCUACAGAGACACUGCAGUUGACAUCCUAAGAAAAUAUGGAGAAAAAGAUCUUGUGAACCAGUUGACUGGUAUAAAUAAAAAACUAUAA